AUGCGCUCUUGCUCUAUCGAGGACGAGUAUACAGUGAUUACGGACCUUUCUAGUGACUUGCGCUUAAAGACACACUUGGUGAGAUCUAAAGAGACCCAGGAAACGCGCAUGUGCCGCGGAAUAGAAUAUCUAUAUCACACCAAAUCCGCGCGCGCAGACCUUGAGGAUGCGCUUUACGAUAUGCUGCGGGUGCGCUGUCCAUACAUUAUCCACUAUACUGAUGUAUAUAACGAGGAAGGCAGCAAACGCUAUAUGGCUCUUUUGAGCUACAACUACAAGUGCACCCUCGAAGACUAUUUACGCGAGCAGCAAGCCAAGGGGGAGACAAUCUCUGAGUCUAUGCUCUGGGCGAUCCUUGUGAGAAUCGUCAAGGCCUUGCGCUACCUUCAUGACCCUGCUAAACAUGGCGGGCGAGUCAUCGUUCACCGUGAUGUCCGUCCGAGCAAUAUGUAUAUGGCGGACGACUCGACGGUGUACCUGGGUGACUCAAUCUUCUGUAGCUCAUACACGUACCCGGGUAGCCAUGUGGUUGGCAGCGCUCUCACUAACAUGGCCUAUGCACCCCCUGAGAUGAUGACCAGUGAUGUGUAUACGACGGCGUAUGACAUAUGGUCCCUUGGAUGCUCUCUGUACGAACUGGCUACGGGCGCUAAAUAUUCGGAGAUCGUUAAGACAGCCUUCCCGGGGCUAAGCUACCUGCAAGCUCUUGAAAGGUUACAGAUGCAGGCCCUGGUGAUUCCAGGUUAUUCAGAAAGCUUCUGCGUCAACUUACAAAGAAUGCUGCACGUCGAUCCGACUGAAAGGCCGACAGCUGCAGGCCUGCUAAGCCUUAGCGGGUCUAACACAUCCAGUUUAGCAAACAGUCUAUCGAAUUGCCCGGAUUUGUGCUAA